AGAACACGUUCUGUGCAGAAACUAAUUGAGACUCUGAAGACUCCGGAGCAUGCUUCCAUGGUUCUGUCAUAUUUGGAGCCAGACAUAGUUUCAUUAAUGAAGAACAUCAACGGCAGUCAUGUUACACAACGGUGAUUUCAAUAUCUUCUAAAUUAUAGCAAGGUAGUUUAAGAUUCACUGGAGAUAUUGUCAGUCACUGUCCGUCUUUCUUGAAGGAAAGCACGAUUCUCCUUUUCUCUUGAAGGCACCUCAACUUCUUCUGCCCGAGCAUAGUUUAAAUUUUAUUCGCCACAGUUCUUUGCCAAGAAUGGCCCAGGAGAGCUGGACGGAGAUCAAUGAGACUGAAUUCCAAAAGCCCGAUGCUCGUAUUCUCUGCACGAAUAACUGCGGCUUCUUCGGCAGUCCAAUGACCAACAAUCUUUGUUCAAAAUGCUACAGAGAUCUUGUGAUGAACGAACAAGUGUUGGAAUUAGUAAAGCCGCCUAAUUUAUCACCUUCUUCUAUGGUGGUAGAAUCAGUUCCAGAGCAAGUAGAGGAGCUGAAUGUGAAAAUUACAGUGAAUGUUGAUCUGAAGGCAUCGGAAGAUCCACUUAUCAAUCAGCAUAAGAACCGUUGCUUUUUGUGCAGGAGAAGGGUGGGGUUAACUCCUUUCACAUGUCGAUGCGGGAGCACCUUCUGCUCCACUCAUCGUUAUCCCGAAGCUCAUGAAUGCUCAUUUGACUACAAGUAUGCUGGUAGGGAGGCUAUAGCCAAAGAGAACCCUGUUGUGAAAGCUGAGAAGAUUGAAAAGAUCUGAUGCUGUUGGGAUUGAUUAUGGAUGAGAUUGAGGCUGUGAUUCCUAUUCCAUUCAAGCUCUUCCUCAGAAAUCUUAAAUGUCUGUAAGUUGCUACUAUCCUGAUUGCUGCUUGUAUUUUUUUAAAAUCAUAACUAUUUUAAGCAGAAUUCUUCUCUGCUUUGAAUGUGUGGCAUCGCUAUUUCCUUUGUUUUUAUCAAGUGGCCAAGUUUAUGUUGUUUUGCCCAUUUAUCAACCACUGAUGGGUCUUCCCAUGAUUGAAGAAUAUGCUUUGGGGUAUUCUUGCGACAUUGUUUUUAUUGUUCUAGUUUCUAUUUUGUUCUUGUGAUGUUGAUUUU